UUUAUAGUCUAUCGCCUAUCAGUCGCGUCCUGACACACCGAGGGGAAGGUCGUGACGCGCGUCUUCUGCGUUUACCCUCUGCCGCGUUCUCGAGCACGAGAUCGGAGCGCGUCGUCGCGAGUGCUACGCCAGGGGAGGAGACGCACCCUCCUGUUCUCGGUCGCAUCGCCGAAGCCGUUGCGUGCAGUCGCGCCGCGUGUGUUUCCCGUGUCCGAAAAAUGUAAUAUGGCGAUGGUUGCGUCGAACAUGAGCGGCCACAUACAGAAGCAGCUCACCAGGAGCCUCGAGCGGAUCCUGGAGGAGGCGCACCUGAGCGGCGAGCUCAAAUUGAGCGGUCGCAAGCUCAAGGACUUCCCGAAGGUCGGGAAAACCGGCACGGCCAAGUACAAUCUGCAGGACACCGUCAUCGCCGAUCUUUCAAAAAAUCGCUUCAGUGAGUUACCGGAGGAAGUCACGGAAUUCCCAUUUCUCGAGAAGCUGCACCUUUACCAUAAUGCCAUAAGAAUAAUCCCGGAAACCGUCGUAAUGCUCCAAUCCCUGAACUACCUCGAUCUUAGUCGAAACCAAUUGACGUCACUACCUCGAGAGAUAUGCAGGCUACCUCUCCAGACCUUGCUAGUCGCGCACAACAGAUUAGCAUCUCUGCCAGAUGAGCUGGGCAGGAUGACAGCAUUGGCAGAACUGGACGCAGGUUGCAACGAAAUCACGAGCCUUCCACCUCGAAUAGGCGACCUUGCGCGGCUCCGGUCUCUAGACCUGAGGAGCAACUUGUUGGUGCACCUGCCUAUAGAACUGACGUACCUGAGGCUCGUGAAGCUGGAUAUUAGCGGCAAUCGAAUAUCUGUGCUUCCGAAUGAGAUGAGGAAGAUGAAAGGCUUGGUGGAUUUCAAACUGUCCGACAAUCCGCUGACCUCGCCGCCUGCCUCGCUAUGCAUUCGCGGGCGAACGCACAUUUUCAAAUAUUUGGAGAGGCAAGCAGCGAAACACGAGAGAGCCAGAGGUGGUCGAACGCGGCGAGCACCUCUGGAUGCGAGAGGUCAUGUGACGCUGGAUACGAGGUCGCAUCGGCGGCACAACAUCGACAGCGGGUACAGCACGAGUGACGGCGUCGACAAGCGUUGGUCCCAGGAAAUCCACAGCGCGGUGCACGACGGCGAAGUACGUGGUUUGUGGCGGCGACCGCUUUCGAUAACGCUACCGCACGAGGUAGGCGUGAACGGGUCCUGCAGUGGCACGUCGACGCCUAGCACGAUUUCACCCGGAGAGCACACGUCCCUGGAAGAUGAGUUGGGCAAGGCGAUGAUAUUGCACGAUCAACUGGAAAAGAGGAGAUUAGAGAGGAGCACAUCGGAGAACGGGGCAGACAUUAGGAGACCGAUGAUCUCUGGCCUUCACCACACAUCGAUUACGCCACCGGGCCAUCUGGAGUCCACACACUUGACGAGUCAGUCGCAGCAGAUAUCGUCCGCGCAAUCGGUACACCCGCUUCAGACUGCGAUGAAUCCCACCACACUGGUGAACGGCGACGAUAAGAGGCCAUUGAAUCACAUACAAACGUACAGGGAGUACAAGGAAGCUCUGAAGCAACAAAGAGCUAACGAAGGUCUAAGCGUGUAUAGACCUCGCGAACAGGUGACACCACCAGGAAAUGAGUCGCAAAACAACGAGACAGAUUCGGGCAAUAAUAAGGAAAUCAUUGCUCUGACCGGUAAGCAAAUCUUCAACGAGGACAACGCGUUAAAGAGGCCGGUACAGAAGGUCACUCCGUCGCGGAUCAACUAUCAAAACACGCCGAUCAUCAACGGCAGCAACAACGAGUACAACAACAAGAACGGAAAAUAUCUCGAGCAACCUUAUAAGAAACCCAGCUCGCCUAUUAAAACUUGCAGUAGUAUUCUGUCCGCAAACACGAGUCCAGCGCACGCGCCCAGGCUGGUGAAAACCGCUGUCGGUUACGUAGAAGGCAACAAGAGUCCAAGCAGAAACGGUGGCAGUCCGAAAUCUCCGCGAUCCGUUACGUGGAACAGUAAUCUGCCUGAAAAAUAUUCCUUUACCAUGAGGAGAGAAUUCGAACGCGCCAAAGAAGAAGCUGAUCUCAUCGAACAACUGCGAAAUCACAUAGAGACGAGAUUAAAGAUGGCACUGCCGGAGGACCUCGCACCAGCAUUAACGGACGGCGUUGUUCUCUGCCACCUGGCCAACCACGUCAGACCACGAUCGGUUGCCAGUAUACAUGUUCCUUCUCCCGCUGUACCUAAACUGACAAUGGCGCGAUGCAGGCGUAAUGUCGACAACUUUCUCGAGGCGUGUCGGAAGAUCGGCGUCGAUGAGGAGGCGUUAUUGGACGCGGACGCAAUCAUGGACGUGGGUUACAUGGACGCGUACGGGCUGGAGGCUCUGGCGCGUCUCGUCACCGCUCUUCUCCUUGCUCGCGAUGAGGGGGGGAGUGACACCGAAAAACCGGCCGGAGGUUCACUUCGUAUGAUUCAGGACCGCGUUCUAUCCGCGAUACUUUUUGCGACAUUCCUAUCCACCCUGGUUCUGCUCUAUCUCUUCCCGAUCCCCGAUUAGUAAGACACUGAUUAGAAUGAAAAGCCACCAAUGCGCGCGACAGAAACGAAGAAGCGACUAGUAAUUAAUAAGGGGUGCACGGAAAUUAUAAUAUCUGGAGAUGGCGAUUUCCAGAGAAAUCUGAUCUUUUUCUUGAUUAGCAUAAACGCCGUUGUGUCAGUCUUACUUUUGAUGAUCGCAUCGAAAAUCUGAGGAUCAUUAUCUCGUUCAAACAAAGAUGCACGCGACACUUUCAACGUUUGUUUUUCGUGAUUUGAUACUUUUAGGACGGCAUGUUCGAUUACUUUCGUCAAUUUUGCAUUUAUACAUAUUUAUUGACAUUCGGGAAAGUGUUGUGUCGUGGAUUGGACACGACUUCGACGUCGAAGAUUUCCACAGGUAACGUUUAACGGAUCUCCUUUUUUUAGACGAAAAAAAAAAAAAAA